AUGUCGGAAGAGGGUGUGGUGGAAUCCGAUGCGGAGUCGAGCGACACCGACUCUCCUCCCCAAAAGCGCAUCGUUGGCAAGGCGGUCCAGAACUUGUUCUGGGCUGAUAUGAAGCACAGACUUGUGAAGAAGAGUCGUCAUCUGGCACUGGCAACUCGAACAUUGCUUCAGGCUCACACAACGUCAAGCUCUGCAAGGCUGACCAACAAGUUUGACAAGCGAGUUGCUGGGCGUCUUAACUCCUUUGAGAAGCAUUUGGGAAAGCACACGAAAGAAACGUCGCUGCUGAGAGAGCAUGCGAAACUGAAGCUUCUGGAGACCUCGGCACCACUUCGAGCUGAAUUUAUGCAGAAACUGCGCAGGCUCAUGAAGGAACGAGCCACUGCAGAUCCAGAUAUGUGGGACUGUGUCAAGGGCUGCUACGAGUCUGUGAUAGACAUCAUUUGGGAGGAUGUGGAGAAGGAAAUCGAGCUCAAUGUGGAGUUGGCAUUGUUGAAGUCAGCUGAAUGCCAGGAGCAGUCCGGUCCCAGCUCGUCUUGGUCUUGUUACUGCUGGCUGCGGCGAACGGUGUUGAGACACUAUCUACCAUACGAUCGAUCCCUCUUUGGCAAGCUGACGGACCCGUUGUACGUCGCCCUGACACUGAUCAUGCUUAUCCCCAAUGCUGGUUUCCGGGUCAGUGUGCUGUCUUUGAUCUUGACCUUCAUUCUGUUCCCUGCGCCACCUGAUGAGUUUCAAUUAAUCAACUUCAUUUUGUUGUCCAAAGGCACACAGUUCAUCACUGGUGGCCUGGUCUCCAUGUCGCAGGGGGCAGUGAUCUAUUUCAAAUGUUUUACCUGGCACGACGCCGACCUUGGACAAUGCAUCUCUGAACAUGGCCCGGGCAGGGUCUCGUCGCUGGCUGGGGCAAUGGCCGACUAUUUGGGUAGCAUUGUUCUAGUUUGGAUUGCAUUUCUGGCACUUCCGUAUUCCCGCGAGCAUCGCGAGGAGAAGCGAGUAGCAGCAUUAGGAAGAAGUCGACCUGCAACGGGCUUUGAACCCCGAGCCGCAGAGUCGAAAGAUGGCAAGGGCGGUCGCGGCGGUCGACUUACAAUGCUUCUGAGAUACGAUGUGAGCUGCUUUGCGCUCUCAUUGUUUGUGCUGUUUCUGCUCACGCUGAGCACCAUGGAGCUACAGGAUAGAGAGGUCACACCUCUUCGGCAUCUCCAGGAGAAUAUCUUCUGGUGCAAGGUCUUGUACUCGUUGCUUUCGAUGCCUUUCUCUCUUUUCACAAUUCAGUCACUUCAGCAGGUGUUGACCCAUGCUGCUCCGACUGGGUUCAAUGCUCUCGGGGCGUGUGUUCCUUUCAAUUUGCCAGAGCCUUGA